CCAUCAAAUUAAGUUUCAUUAGAAUUUACAAUCAAAAGUCUAAAAGCAAAGGGUUUUAAAUUAUUAAAAGUAAUUGACUGCCGGAGAAAAGGAAAAACCAGGUGAGUCUCGCAAGAAACGAUGACCAUUUUUUCGCUUUCUCUUCGUUGUUUAAAGAGCGAAGGUAGCGAACGUAACGUUUCUUUCUUGAAAGCAUUCUUCAUUAUGAGAAAAAAACACGACACUCAUUCAGAAUUCAUUUUCUGUAAUUAAAAGGUUUCUUUCCCUUGGGAAAUGACCUGAUCAUUUCGCUAAAAGAAUAGAUGAUUAAUCAAACUCGUUAAAAAAACAGGCAAAAAAGAUAUUGCUUUGGUAUAGUCGAGGUUUAGUUUCGAAAGCUGAAUCUUUGUCACAUUUAAUUCGUCUCCAGCGUUUGAGUAUCAUACCUGUCGCUGGUUUUUGGCUUCCAGAGUUUUAAUUGACGGCAAUUACUACAGGAACAAGUGUACAUGUACAACUCUGAGAACGUGACUCUGUACGGAACCGUCUGCUUAUAGAGCAAACAGAAAAAAAAAACCAGAUGUAAAUGCCAAAUUAAUGAGACCCUCUCUCCGGUGCCCAGUUGGUGAGGCCCUCUUUUGUUCAGAAAAUAAUUUGUAGCUGAUUAUUUAGAGAACGUCAUUAACGUUGAAGUGGUUUCAGUUAAGCGCUUGCCAUUGUUAGGCAUAUAAAGAAAGCUACAUCAGCACCUGUAUGAAUAACAAAGGACAGCGCUGUUCAUAAUUUGUUCAUUUUGUAGCGGUUCUGCACGAAGAAAGACACACACGCGAAGGAGCAAAGCGAGUUAUAUCAUAUUUGCGACUGGUAUGGAAGCACAUCAGAUCGACAUUGUGCUUUUAACUUUUUAUGCCAUCGUAGUGUUGGCGGGCAUUCCCGGAAAUUUUCUCUUCAUCACGGUGGUUAAACGAGCACGCAGCAUGCACACAACAACAAACUUCUUACUGGCAAAUAUCGCAGUAGCCGAUACCAUAACUCUUAUUUUCUGCAUUCCUGGUGUCAUAUUACAAUUUGCUGUUGAACAUCACCCGAGUGGGGCUCUAGGAAACUUCCUUUGCAAAUUUGUUACAAUGCACCAUGUUCCGGGAGUUACAUUGCUGGUUUCUGGCAUUAGUUUGACACUUAUCUCCAUCGAAAGACACAAUGCUCUCCUGCGUCCAAUGCAAGAAACACUGCGACUCCGGAAGAAACAAGUUUACAUCGCUGUAGGCCUAAUUUGGACGUUCUCUAUUAGCUUUGUACUGCCUCUUUUUGUACAGCAAAAGUACGUGGACGAAGUUCAAAGUUGCCACAUGGAUUGGAAAGCGUCGGCUUCGAAGGUUUACUGGGGUCUGCUGGCCGCAUUGACGGUGCUUUCGUGGCUUGUUAUGUCGGUGAGUUAUUUCCGCAUUGUCAAAGGUAUCUUAUGUGAGAAUAUUCUACCCUCUGGCACCAACCAGGGAGAGAAAACAAACGAGCAAGACAUUCACAACAAGAGGAAGAUUGUGAAACUUUUAAUAACAGUGACGGUGCUAUUUAUAGCAUGUUUUGUUCCGUUCGCUUCGAUAUCGGCAAUGAGUGUUUCACCCCACUCGCUGUCCUACAAAGUGUCAUAUUUCUUAGUGUAUUGCAGCUGCUCUUUAAACCCCGUGGUUUAUGCUUUUCAGAGUUCGAAUUACAGAAUGGGAGUUAAAAAUGUUUGUGCUAACAGGCGAAGGCGGAUUCAUGCAGUCGACAGUAACCUACGGGUGAAUGGCGUCACUGAUGACGUCAUCGAGAAAUAUAAUGUACGUGCAGCUGGUCACAAUUAUUAACAAGAUUAACUUCUAAGUCGAGA